AUGAUAGCCAAAGUUUUUCUACUAGCGUUAUUGGUGGCCGUAGCCAGUGCCUCACCGGUUGCCCUGGACUCGACUGCGGUGAACUAUGGUGACGCCAUCAGCCAGUUCCUUCAGGCUUGGAAGAAGAUGUUGCCCUGCGGCUACGCUCCGGACGAUAUUCCAGUUAUGGCUCCACUGACAAAUGACUUCAGCUCCUUCCAAUACUCCAAAGCAGAGACCAACUUUGUUGGCAACACGAGCAAUAUUCGCAUUUCGGGUCUGGACAACUUCGAGAUAAUUGCUGGUGCCUUCGAUACGACUUCCCAAAAAGCCACCUUCGAUAUUUUGUUCCCAGAGAUCCAAAUCUUGGGUUCCUUUGCCAUCGAGGGUGUCAUGAGUCUGCUUGGUAUCGCGUUCCCCGUACGUGAAGUCAGCUUGAUCAACGAGAGAUUCCAGCAACUGCGUUUUGUCGGUGAAUAUACAUUUGCCCAAAGCCUUACCAAACCCAAUGGACUGCGCAUCAGCGAAUUCCAUCUGCAAUUCUAUCUGGGUGACGUGAAAAUUGACAACUGGGAUACCUUGUGGAACAUUGCAGUCAACGACUACGCUAAUCUAUGGUCUAGCCAGAUAACCAAUCUUAUGGUUAAGCAGAUUCAACCUAAUGUCGAUCACUUGUUGGCCGCCUAUGUGAUGCCUGGCCUCAAUGAUAAGCUCUCCGCUUUCAGUCUGAAUCAGCUGUCUCAGCUGUUUGUCAACACUGCUAACAAGUGGAACAGUGCCAAUUGCCAAGUGCAUGCUUAA